AUGCAGCUGCUGUUUUUGGCGUGUAAAGGCGAUGUGAAGGGCGUGGAGGAUUUGCUGAACGAGGGCAUUGAUGUAAAUAGCAUCGAUUUGGAUGGGCGAACUGCGCUGCAUAUUGCAGCUUGCGAGGGACAUGCUGACAUCGUGAAGCUGUUGUUGAGGUGGAGAGUCAACAUUGAUGCCAGAGAUCGGUGGGGUGGCACGGUCCUUACAUUAAAAGUGACUUCUAAUAUGUUAUCCUUGGAGGAGAUACCAAACGCAAAACAACAACAACAACAACAACAACAAUUUAAAAUCCAGUGGAAGUUUCCUAAGGAAAAACAAAGCAGUAAUUUGGCUGCUAAGAUAAUCUCUUAA